AUGCCUCAUCGCAUCAUUCUUCCAAGCGCACGCAGAUUCAAAUUCAAACUCACAGAAUCUGCUCGAAGCCGACGGUUGCGCGAUAUCGGUGGUCUAAUCAUUGGAGAACGUAAUAUCACCCAUCCCCGAAAUCCUGGCGUCAAUAUUCGAACCGACUUUCGCUUCUUCAAGCUUCAAGCCCGGAGGGUGUAUACCCACAUGGAAUCAUUCAUAGAGGAUAGUAUCUCGACCAACAACGAAGCACUCAACCCUGAUCGCACAUCGCAUCCACGGGGAACAACUCCUCUGCUCGACGUCCGGCCGCACCUCAUACCCCCUAUGUACGUCUCCCGCGAAGACGAAUACGAAGAACUGUUAGCCCGAGGUGCCACCCGCCUCAUGUGCGAGACGUUCGAGCUGCAAUUCAAACCCGGAGUUGGCAUCGUCGCGUGGGCCGACCAGAAUAUCUUCGACGAGUUCACCGGAGAAGGCAUGAAGAAAGGCGAUCGGUGGAAGAUCCGUUUGGGGAGGUGUAUCCAGCUCGACGAGGAAGACUUGGAUGGAUCCCAGUUUGUUGAGGACUUCCUCGAGGACGCCGUUUUGUUCCCCCUGCAUUUUCCGCUCAGCAAUCGCGUGGCGGAGCGGUGGGAGACGGUUGAGGUUACCCCGGGCGUCUGGGAAACGCGGCUCAUGCUUGAUGUCGAUGACCAGUGUGUGCAGGACGACGCAGAAGGCGAUGUAGGUGCAGAUGCAGAUGCAGAUGGUGGUGGUGAAGACGGCGAUAACGAAUACGACGACGACGACGAUUCUGACAUGGACGACGAUUUAUACGAUCCGCAGACGUUCCCUGACCUUGUAGACACCAACGAAGCGCACAUAAGACAUUUGCUCCAAGAGGAUCUCGCGCUGGGACCCCUCGAUGACGUGGAUCCUCAAGCGCUGGGCAUCACUGUCAAUCCCGACAACGUUGUUGUCCAGGCUGGAUACGAGUCUGACGGAUCAGUUUCCGUGCAAGACGGCCAUGAAAGCGAAACCAUAUCCGUCGAUGUAGACGAGAGCGACGCCGAUCCGGCGUGGGAAAUCAGCGCGAAUGUCUCUGAUGCUGCUUGGCCCGGCUCUGAUUUCGAGGAAGCAGACUGGGCGAGGAAAAGCAAGACACUUUCUCCCAGUGAUGAAGUUGACGGCAAGGACCCUGUGGACGAGGAUAUGGAUUCUUACAGUGAGAGCGACUCAGACUCUGCUGAAAUGCUAAGUGGUGACGAGGCAGUCGUGAGGAGAUAA